GCGGUUGUCUCUUGAGCUGGGCUGUGAACUGGGGCCUCCUCUUCAGCUGUUCCAUCUCCUGGAGAUCCCAGGUGUCUCUGCACCAGCCUCUGUCACCCUGUGACGUGCAGGUACUGGGAGAUCUGUAGGGAGGACACUGGGACCUCCCGGAAGCUCGGAAAUGGGAGUGUUGACAUUCAAGGACGUGUCUAUUGAAUUCUCUAUGGAGGAGUGGGCCUGCUUGGACCCUGCUCAGCAGCAUUUGUAUCGGGAAGUCAUGUUAGAGACCUACAGAAACCUGGUCUUCCUGGGUCUUACUGUCUCUAAGCCAGAACUCAUCACCUGUCUGGAGCAAAGCAAAGAACCCUGGAAGGUGAAGACACAGCAGACACUAGUCAAGCACCCAGCUCUAUAUAAUCAUUCUACUGAAGACCUUAUUCAAGAGUGGGGCACAAAUAAUUCAUUUCCAGAGAUGAUCCUGAGCAGAUAUCAAAGCUAUGGCUCUGAGAACUUAAACUUAACCAAAAAUUGGGAAAGUAUGUAUGAGUGUGAUGAGCAAACAGUAUUUUACAGUGGACUUGACCAAUGUUUAACAGCUACCUAUGGCAAAGUCUUCCAAUGUAGUAACUCUUUGAACACCUUCAGACAAUGGUCAAAUCUAAAUAAACAAACAAUGAUAUAUACCUUAGAGAAAACUUUUAAUUGUAAAAGGUAUGGGAAAGCCACUAACUUCUGCUCACAGGUUACGGAACAUAAGAUGACUCAUAUUGGAAAAGAACAGUCCAAAUGCAAAGAAGGUAGGCAAGUUUUUCAGUCUUUCUCAGGAUUCUGUACUGGAGAGAAACUAGACAAGUGUGAAAAUGAUGACAAAAAUCUUAGCCACAGUUCAAAAUAUUGUAAUUAUGAUAAUUUUAAUACUAGAGAAAAAAUCUGCAACUAUAAGGAAUGUGACAAACUUACAAAACAAUACUCACACAUUUCUGGACAAACAAGAAUAGAUUCUGGAGAAAAACCCUUCAAAUGUGAAGUAUGUGCAAAAACAUUUGACCAGCACUCUCUCCUAUGUAGUCAUCAAAGAAUUCAUUCUGGAGAUAAAUCCUACAAAUGUAUGGAAUGUGGCAAAACCUUUAACAAGUACUCAAACCUUUCUGUACAUCAAAGAAUUCAUUCUGGAGACAAACCCUACAAAUGUAAAGAAUGUGGAAAAGCAUUUAAACACCACUUACACCUUUCUAGACAUCAAAGAAUUCACUCUGGAGAGAAACCCUACAAAUUACAAGAAUUUGAAGAAUGUGCAAAAACCUUUAACCAGCACUCUCUCCUCUUUAGACAUCAAAGAAUACAUUCUAGACGGAAACCAUACAAAUGCCAAGAAUGUGGCAAAGCCUUUAACCACUACUCAAACCUUUCUGUACAUCAAAGAAUUCACUCUGGAGAGAAACCCUACAAAUGUCAAGAAUGUGACAAAGCCUUUACCCAGCACUCACACCUUUCUAGACAUCAAAGAAUUCAUUCUGGUGAGAAACCCUACAAAUGUCAAGAAUGUGGCAAAGCCUUUAACCAGUACUCACACCUUUCUGUACAUCAAAGAAUUCACUCUGGAGACAAACUCUACAAAUGUCAAGAAUGUGGCAAGGCCUUUAAUCGGCACUCAGGCCUUUCUGAACAUCAAAGAAUUCACUCUGGAGAGAAACCAUACAAAUGUCAAGAAUGUGGCAAAUCCUUUAACCAUUACUCAAGCUUUUAUGUACAUCAAAGAAUUCACUCUGGAGAGAAACCCUAUAGAUGUCAAGAAUGUGGCAAAGCCUUUAACCACUACUCAAACCUUUCUGUACAUCAAAGAAUUCACUCUGGAGAGAAACCCUACAAAUGUCAAGAAUGUGGAAAAGCCUUUAAUGUGUACUCAUGCCUCUCCAAACAUCAAAGAAUUCAUUCUGGAGAGAAACCCUACAGAUGUCAAGAAUGUGGCAAAGCCUUUAAUCGGCACUCACACCUUUGUAUACAUCAAAGAAUUCACUCUGGAGACAAACCCUACAAAUGUCAAGAAUGUGGCAAAAACUUUAACCAGCACUCACACCUUUCUGAACAUCAAAGAAUUCAUUCUGGAGAGAAACCCUACAAAUGUGAAGAAUGUGGCAAAUCUUUUAACCAUCACACAAGCUUUUUUAGACAUCAAAGAAUUCACACUGGUGAGAAACCCUACAGAUGUCAAGAAUGUGGCAAAGGUUUUAACCAGUACUCAGGCCUUUUUGUACAUAAAAGAAUUCAUUCUGGAGACAAACCCUACAAAUGUCAAGAAUGUGGCAAAGCCUUUAACCAGUACUCACACCUUUCUCAACAUCAAAGAAUUCACUCUGGAGAUAAACCCUACAAAUGUCAAGAAUGUGGCAAAGCCUUUAACAGGAACUCACAUCUUUCUCUACAUCAAAGAAUUCACUCUGGAGAGAAACCCCACAAAUGUCAAGAGUGGAAAAUCCUUUAACUACUACACAAGCUUUUCUAGACAUCAAUGAAUUCACUCUGGUGGGCAACCUUACAAAUGUGAAGAGUGUGGCAAAGCCUUAAACUGUGACUCAAACCUUUCUGUACAUCAAAGAAUUCACUCUGGACAUAAACCUUACAAAUUUAAAGAAUGCACUAAAGCCUUUUACUUUAGUUAAACUCAUAGUAAACAUUACACAAUUUCUUGUGGAGAGAUACUCUACAAAUGUGAAGAAUUUGGCAAGGCAUUUACACUGUACUCAACCCUUUGUGUACAUGAAAAUAUUAUUAAAAGAAACUCUACAGGGGUCAAAACGUGGCAUAGACUUUCAUUAGUUUGUGAACAUUUCUAGACAUUUAAGAAUUUAUUCUGGAGAAAAAUCUUAUAAAUAUGGACAGUGUGGCAAACUCUAACUCACAUUCAAUCCUCACUUUACAUAGAGGAAAUCACACAGGAAAGAAACCCUCCAUUUGAAGACCGUGGCAGUGCCUUGACCUGGUAUUCAUAGCAUGCUAAGCAUAGAAGAAACUGGAAAGUAAUCCUACAAAUGUGAACAGUGUGGCAGUGACCUUAACCAGAGCUCAAACAUUACUACACAUAAGAACAUUGAUAUUGGGAAGAAAUCAUCCAAAUGUCAAUAAUGUGGCAAAGGUUUUCAGUAGUCCUCAGUCUUAGCAAACAUAAGAGAAACCAUAGGAGGAAAAAAUGGAAACAAUGUGAAGAUGUGGCAAAGCCUCAUGCCCGUAUGCAGUUUUCUGUACACAAUAAAAUUCGUGUGGAAGAAAAAGUCUACAAAAGUGAAGUGCUUGACAAUAGUAUAACUUGUGCUUUAAUCAUUGUAUAAAUAAAAAAAUUAUAACAUGAAUAUCACCUACAAAUGAGAGAAAAGUGUCAAACCCUAUUACCACUACUCAUUUCAGUACAUAAAAGAAUUCAUAGAGAAAUUCUACAUAUGUGAAGAGUAUGACUAUCUUAAAUAUAUCUCAAACUUUUCCAAUCCUAAUUCAAAUGGAAGAAAUACUCUACAAAUGUCAGUCACAUCUCAGAGCCUUAAAGUUGUGUUUAUCCUGUUAGGUAGGGCUAAGGAGAAAAGGGGCAGAUGUUACUAGGAGAUCCUUUGUCCAUAAAUUAAGAGGAACAAAUUAAGCAGAGGAGGCUUCCAAGAAAUAAAAGCUGAUAUUUCAAGGCUUUCCAAAACUGAACUUCUGUUUGUUCUACAAAAAUGAGUCUCAAGAGUUAGAUAGGCCACAAUGUGGAGAUAUGGUCAAGGCCACAAAAAAAGGCACUUAGGAGUGAGCGUACAAGUGAAAGGACAGUAAGCUCAAGUGAUCUCUUUUUGUUAACAUAGUACAAUUUACACCAGUUCUAUCUACUCUACAAUUACAAUGAUAAAUAGUGUCCAUUGAUUACAGGGAUAGAAAUGUGAGGACUCUCCAUUGUGGAAGGUUUUCCCAUUUCCAAGAAAAAUGAUGAAUAUUAUACCACCACAUCACUUAACAUAGAGUUGGAAAUCCAUGUAAGGGAAACAUCUUACUAAUCCCAGGGUCUUUUCCACUUGGAAAUGUAGAUGUGUUCUUUCUCUGGAGUGCACAGUUCUUUAUGAACUUUGCCCCUUUAAGCACUUCCAUCUGCUUGUUCUGCUCAUUUGUUUCACUGUGCUAGUUGUAAUAGCCACUCUUUGACACUUGGAACAAAAAAAUUGAAAACAUACCUUACCUCUGGUCCCCUAAUAUCUGCCAUUUGGGUCCAGUAUCACGGAAAAAAAAUACAACUUCUGCAAGAUAAGCUAAUUAAACAAUAGACAUUCUGACUUCCCUCUGCCUAACUGCAUGUUACUUACUACUCCUACAUCUCUCUCACGCUGUUCAAUUCCAGGUAAUGUAGCUUCUUACCUGCCCUUCCUUCAUUUGUUUUUUCUUCUUCACCUGGACAAUGCACUUCAUGUUAAAGUUAGUGCUGAUAGGGCAGCGCCUGUGGCUCAAGGAGUAGGGCUCCGGUCCCAUAUGCCGGAGGUGGUGGGUUCAACCCAGCCCUGGCCAAAAAGAAAAAAAAAAAGUUAGUGCUGAUAGUCAAAAGCUUAGAAAGGGGUCUCAGGCCCCACAAGUACAUCUGAAUGUUAAACCAGAUUUUUCCAGUCUUUAUAACCCGAAUGGGGAUGAGGAGACAGAGAAAGCCAGGGUAUCAGCAGAUCUUAAGAGCAGAAGGAAGCUAUUGAAAUGGUUGCUAUCACUAGGGAAGAAGGUUGUCAGGCACUGAGUUCCCCUAGAGCAGGGGUACUCAGACAACCACCUGUGGGCCACAUGUGGCCUGCCGAGGACAUUUAUCUGGCCUGCUGGGUAUUUUUGCCAUAGUUGCCUGUCCUGCUUAGCAACCGACUUGUCCCGGUCCACAGUGCACAUGUGCAGAAUGUGCACCAACUCUCCGAUUCCCAUCUUUCUCUCUGUCUCUCGAGUCCUCUUCUCAAUCUCUGAUGUAAAUGGAGGAGUCACCAGGUUGCCUGUGCAGAGCCUGCAGCUGCCUAAGGACCAAGGAAACAAUAAUGUCAAGAACCUGAGGGGGUGAGACAUGAUGGCUGACUGAAGCCGGCUUGCCACAGAGGCUACGUUCCAGAAGGAGAGUUAAAGGACAGAAAUUUAGCAAGUAACCUGGGAGAUUAGAGCUGCACCAAGAGAGAAGGUUGAAGAACGCACAUCAACCCUGCUGUGGUGAGCUGCGACCCCAAGGAUAAAAACAAAAGGUACAAAAUCCAUCUCCAAGCAGACAGCAGUCCCUUCCCGCAUGAGAACGGCUCAGAGUGCCCCACAAACAAAGGAACAGAGUUCAAAGUUCCUCCCACUACAAUCCACGGGAGAGACUCUAAAAACUGGACCUACUUUCCCUACUAGGGUGCCAUGGCCUUCUUUUACCAGGCAUAAAACUGUAUAUAUACUCUACCUGCAACUCUGAGCUCCAGCACUCUCCUCCACUCUCACUCUGAGGUCUGAAAGCCUGUACCCCAAGAGUCCAGAUUCUUGGGUGAUUUCUUGAGGGGUGUGGACAGGGCCUAAACUGCAGCUGGUCAGUGCUGACUCUAUGGUACAGGACUGAGGAGAGGACGAUCGGCUGACAAGGAACAACACCAGAGCGGCAGUGCCCUGAGGCACAGAGCAGCAACCAUCUUUUGGCAACAAUAGGGCUCAGUCCUGGAUAUUCUGAAGCCACACCCUGUCUUGCUGGUCGACCAGAGGAGGCCAGGCAUCUUCUCAGGUGGCAACCACCACGAAACAGAUCUGGGAUGGAAACGUAGGCCCCAUGAGUAAAGGGUUUGCCUGAGGCGGUACCGGCCUUGGCGGAGCACAGGGACUAGAAAUGCACACACAGAACCGGGAAGUUCCCAGCGCAGGGCUGACCCAGAGGACCACUUUACUGAGCCUAAGACGUACAUGGGCCUUAGGGGAUCAUCAGCCUGUAGACAAAGGAAGACAGGUGGCUAGAGCUGACAGCUAAGCGAAUACAAACAUGUAGGAGCAAAGAUAGGGCAUGAGGUGCAUGCUCUGGGACCUCAAAACAGCUUCUCUUCUGCAGGGGAAUUUAGCAGAGACAGAAACAAAUUCCUCCAAAGUUGUUCGGUUCUAUCAGUAACAUCAAUCCGGGGCGGGGCUGGAACUGAGUGAACAUCCCCCAGACUCAAUCAAGCAUCCAAGGUUGACAGGCCUCACCUCCCCCUGCUAGAUAGAGGCAGAAAGCAGCGGCCUGGCUGAGCAGAAAUACAUUUCAUUGUGAUUAAGGAAGGUGCAACCCCCUGGAGUGUCUGUUCACUACAGGCAACAGGGUCAGCCAACUGCAGGGCUAUCAGUGACUGGGUGUGAUAGAGGUGCGAGGUGGGGAAGGAGGCAUCAAACUUCCCAGACUGAUCUAUUUGCUAGGUGGGUCCUCCUGACUCCACAGAGCACUGGAGCAAUCCGUAUCUGACUAGUCACCAGAACCCUGCAAUCCAGUUGCCAGAGACCUUUUAAACUCUCUCAGCUGAGACUGGUGCUGACCGAGACAAUUGAUUUGGACUUUUUGAACUGAGCCAAUCACCCAAGAACUAUUCAGGUGGUACCCUGGGUGUGUGGUUGUAGGAAAGUUUGAUUUUCCUUUUCCAAUUGUUACUUGUGGGUGGAGGGGUGAAUUAAUUGCUGGUAUUUCUCCACAGCUGAGACUUCAAAACAGAGUAACUGCUUCACUAGGGUCAAACAGAGACCAGCUGAAAACAAGACACAACCAUUUAGCCCCACCACACCAAACAUGUCCAGAGUUUCUCAGGCCGUAGCACUGUAUGGGUCCUCGACAAAGCUCCAGCAGAAAAAAAUCUAACAGUGUAAAAUAAUCAUGGAGCAGAAUCAGUGGAAAAGCUCUGGAACCAUGAAUAACCAGAAUAGAUUAACCCCCUUCCCCCCCAACAAAAGAUAUGGCAGAUUUAACUGAACAUCCCAUUCAUAAACAGCUGGCUGAGAUGUCAGAAAUCGAAUUCAGAAUUUGGGUUGCAAACAACAUUCAUAGAAUGGAGGAAAAUUUGUAAUUAGAAAUUUGAGGAGCAAUUCAAAAGUCGGAAUUAGGAAUUUGAGGAGAAAUUCAAAAAUUGUCUCAAGAAUUUAACGAAUUUAAAGACAAAACCACCAAAGACAUUGACGUGCUGACGCAAGAAUUUGCAGCCCUCAAAGAUGUGAAAAAUACAGUAGAAUCCCUCAGUACGAGUGGAGCAAGCAGAAGAAAGGAUUUCUGACAUUGAAGACAAAGCCUUUGAACCAAACUCUCAAAGAGGAAGAGAAAUGGAGAGCAAAAACGGAUCAUUCUCUCAAAGAGCUCUGGGAUAAUUCAAAGAAGGCUAAUAUCCACAACAUCGGAAACCCUGAAAGUGAUGAAGUGGCAUUGCAAGGCACAGAGGCCCUUCUCCAUGAAAUUAUGAAAGAGAAUUUUCCAGACAUUCCAAGAGAUUCUGGAAUUCAGAUAGCACACAGUUACAGAACAACAGCAUGACUCAACCCGAAUAAGACAUCCCCCAGGCAAAUCAUAAUUAACUUCACUAAAGUUAAAAUAAAGGAGAAAAUUCUGAAAGCAGUGCGAGGUAAGAAAUCCAUUACCUACAAAGGGAAGAAUAUUAGAAUGACUGCAGAUCUCUCUGCUGAAACUAUUCAAGCCAGAAGAGGAUGGUCAUUGACUUUUAAUCUUCUAAAACAAGAUAACUUUCAACCCUAGAUCCUGUAUCCAGCUAAAGUGAGUUUCAUUUAUGAUGGAGAAAUUAAAUACUUUAAUGACAUUCAGAUAUUGAAGAAAUUUGCCAUAACCAAACCAGCUUUUCAGGAUAUUCUCAGACUUAUCCUCCAUAAUCAUCAGCCCAAUCUUCUACCACAAAUGUAAACUCACUCAGAAACUAUUGAUCAAACUCCAACUUCCACAGUGGCGAAAGGAUUAAAAAUGUCCACUGGACCUUAUAAAAACUCGAUACCCAAAAUUUUACCAGACCUAUCAAUAUUCUCCAUUAAUGUGAACAACUUAAACUGUCCUCUAAAGAGGCACAGGUUAGCUGACUGGAUACAAAAACUCAGGCCAGAUAUUUGCUGCCUACAAGAGUCACAUCUUACCUUAAAAGAUAAGUAUAGACUUGGGGUGAAAGGAUGCUCGUCAAUAUUUCAGGCAAAUGGUAAUCAGAAAAAAGCAGGUGUUGCAAUUCUAUUUGCAGAUACAAUAGGCUUUUAACCAACAAAGGUGAGGAAGGAUAAGAAUGGUCACUUCAUAUUUGUUAAGGGUAAUACUUAAUAUGAUGAGAUUUCAAUUAUUAAUAUCUACGAACCCAACCAGAAUGAAUCUCAAUUUAUAAGAGAAACUCUAACAGACAUGAGCAACUUGAUUUCCUCCAGCUCCAUAAUAGUUGGAGAUUUCAACACUCCUUUGGCAGUGUUGCAUCAAUCCUCCAAAAGAAGCUGAGCAAAGAAAUUUUAGAUUUAAACCAUAAAAAAUUUGGAUUUAGCAGAUAUCUAUAAAACAUUUCAUCCCAACAAAACUGAAUACACAUACUUCUCAUCAGCCCACAGAACAUACUCCAAAAUCGAUCACAUCUUAGGUCACAAGUCUAACUUCAGUAAAUUUAAAGGGAUGGAAAUUAUUCCUUGCAUCUUCUUGGACCACUAUAGAAUAAAAGUUGAACUCAGUAACAGCAGGAAUCUGCAUACUCAUACAAAAACAUGGGAGUUAAAUAACCAUCUGCUGAAUGAUAGCUGGGUCAGAGAUGAGAAUAAGAAAAAAACUGCCAAAUUUUUGGAAAAAAAUGACAAUGAAGACACUAAUUAUCAGAACCUCUAGUAUACUGCAAAGGCAGUCCUAAGAGGGAAAUUUAUAGCACUGCAAGCCUUUCUCAAAAGAAUGGAAAGAGAGGAAGUUAACAACUUAAUGGGACACCUCAAGCAACUGUAAACGGAAGAACAUUCCAACCCCAAAACCAGUAGAAGAAAAAAAUAACCAAAAUUAGAGCAGAAUGAAAUUGAAAAUGAAAGAAUUAUACAACAGAUCAAUAAAUCAAAAAGUUGGUUUUUGGAAAAGGAUAAUAAAAUAGAUAAACCUUUGGCUAACCUAACCAGGAAAAAAAGAGUAAAAUCUCUAAUCUCACCAGUCUGAAAAGACACAGACGAAAUAUCAACAGAAUCCUAAGAAAUUCAAAAACAUCCUUAAUGAAUAUUACCAGAAACUUUAUUCUCAGAAAUACGAAAAUCUAAAGGAAAUUGACCACUACUUGGAAGCACAUCACCUUCCAAAACUUAGCAAGAAUCAAGUGGAAAUGUUGAACAGGCCCCUAUCAAGUUCUGAAAUAGCAUCACAUCAACCAUACAAAACCUCCCUAAAAAGAAAAGCCUGAGACCAGAUGUCUUCACAUCAGAAUUCUACCAAACCUUUAAAUAGGAAUUAGUACCUAUAUUACUCAACCUGUUCUAAAAUGUAGAAAAAGAAGAAAGACUACCCAACACAUUCUAUGAAGCAAACAUCACCCUGAUCCCCAAACCAGGAAAGGACCCAACAAGAAAAGAAAAUUAUAGACCAAUAUCACUAAUGAAUAUGGAUGCAAAAAUAUUCAACAUGAUCCUAACAAACAGAAUCCAGCAACACAUCAAACAAAUUAUACAUCAUGACCAAGUCGAUUUUAUCCCAGGGUCUCAAGGCUGGUUCUAUAUACAUAAAUCUAUAAAUAUAAUUCAGCACAUAAAUUAAAAAACAAAGACCUUAUGAUUCUCUCAAUUGAUGCAGAAAAAGCUUUUGAUAAUAUCCAGCAUCCCUUCAUGAUCAGAACACUUAAGAAAAUUGGUAUAGAAGGGACAUUUCCUAAACUGAUAGAGGCUGUGUACAGCAAAACCACAGCUAAUAUUGUGUUGAACAGAGUCAAGUUGAAAACAUUUCCACUCAGAUUAGGAACAAGACAAGGCUAUCCAUUGUCUCCACUGCUCUUUAACAUUGUAAGGAAGUUUUAGCCACCGCAAUUAGGGAAGAAAAGGCAAUCAAGGGUAUCCAUAUAGGGUCAGAAGACAUCAAACUUUCGCUCUUCACAGAUGAUAUGAUUGUAUAUCUGGAAAAUCCCAGGGAUUCUACUACAAAACUCUUAGAAGUGAUCAAGGCAUACAGCAGCAUCUCAGCUUACAAAAUCAACAUUCAUAAAUCGGUAGCCUUUAUAUAUACAA